GUGACUGUAAGCGCUGAUCUCUAUUCAACUCGUGAUUAUCAACUUGCAUAAAAAUCCACCGAUUUUAACUAUACAAAUCACGAGCUUUCGCGAUAAAUAAGUUUGCAAUUGUGUGCUUAAAAAGUUUGUAUAUGUAUUUGUGUAAUCUCCUUUGCGGUUAAGUCGGGAAAUGAUGUUAAAUUGAUGAAUCAAGUCAAUUUUGCUCUGAUAGUACUGAUUUGCUCACUACUGAAGCCUCUGUUUACGUUUCCGUUGUUUGUUAUUCGAGUUUUAAGCUGAAUUACAACUCUGAUUUCGAUGUUGUGUAAUUUUGUAUAUAAUUACGUAAAUAUAGAUUGAAUACACAUAACACAUGUACGUUUGUAUGUUAAUUAAUUUAGCUGAUUUUGGCUUCGAGUCGCGAAGAUUGUAAGUCUACUCUGUUCACAUAUAUUUGAUUCUGGCUUCUGAUACGUGUUUCGUAAGUAAUUUUUGUUUGAUAUUCAGUUUAUUUCUGCAGUUUUUGGUGAUCUUCGUAUUUAGUCUGCAAAGGAAUUUGGGUAUAAUGCUUGACUAUAUACUUGAUAGUAAUUUUAUGUGGUGAAUCUCAGAACCGAUAUUAGAUACUCCUGGAGCUUGAAAGGUGUCAAUAGGAGUUGUGCGGAAAGUUGAUUACAAGCAAAUGCCGCCACAUAACAUGUCACCUUGUCGGACGCAGGACCGUGAUGCUCCCAGUGGAUCUAAUGCCAGUAAGGCAUCUUUACUACAGAUGAACUUUCCUUUGAAGGAAGUUGAAUUUGCAAUAGAUAAACUUGGUGAAAGUGCUCCAAUAGACGAGCUAGUAGAUUUCAUACUUGCAUCCCAGUUAGCUGGAGAAACUGAGGAGGUUGUUUCUGCAAAUCACAGUGAUGAAGAGAAGAAAGAGAAAAGCAUGGACAAGAGACAGCAGUUGCUUGAAAUGGGGUUCACUGAGCAAGAAGUUUCUGCUGCUAUCGAGAUUAACGGUCCAGACAAAUCUUUGGCAGAGCUCACAGAUUCAAUAGUCUCAGGUCAAGCUACUAGCAGCAAUAAGAAUUUCUCGAGAUCUUCUGGCCAAUUAUGGUCAAAUCCAGUUCACAAGCCUGGAUUCAUUGGAGAUCCAGAAGCUACGUCCUCAUCUAUGAACCCCCAUUUAACAGCGGAGAAAAGGAAAAGAGUUAAAGAAGAGUAUAUUAAUGAGCCUGCCUGCCUGAAAAAGCCAAAAGAAGUAUAUGAAGAUAACACAAGUUCUACCUAUGCUAAAAGGAUGGAAGCAAGCCAAACAUUCUCGAAGGUAGCCAGCUCAGCGCCUGCUUUACAGAGAAAGCUUCCCUAUAAAGCUCAGAAGCCAAGGCCACCACUACCAAAGCCUAAAUCGUGCAGAACUGUUGAUUUAAUGGUAGCUAAGCCACCAUACUUCUUUUAUGCACAUGUUGUGAACUUAUCUGAUGACUCAUGGAAUAGAGCAUCUCAGUUCCUGUAUGCCAUUGAGCCAGAAUUUGCAGAUACUCAGUUUUAUUCAGCCUUAAGUAGAAAGGAAGGAUAUGUACACAAUCUUCCCACUGAUAAUAGGUUUGAAAUCGUACCAAAGUCACCGAUGAGCAUUCAAGAAGGAAUACCUGAAACAAGGAAAUGGUGGCCCCUCUGGGAUACAAGGAAGCACAUAACCUUCGUCAAUGCUGAAACCACUGGUAUUUCUCAACAAUGUAAUACAAUUGAACAGAUGUUAAUAGAUUCUAGAGGAUCGCUCACAGUAGAGUUACAACAAGAUCUCCUUUAUCAAAUUCAGAAGUCUGGUCUUGUGUGGGGAGGUCCCAACAAGCUGAAGCCAAUGGAACCAGAACAUAUUGAGCGCAUAUUAGGGUAUCCGGUGAAUCACACACUAGCUGGUGGGAUCAGCCUGGCUGAUAGGCUACAGUCUCUCAAAUACUGUUUCCAGACUGAUACACUGGGCUAUCAUAUCUCUGGACUCAAGUCUCGGUUUCCACAAGGAUUGACAGUACUAUCAAUUUAUAGUGGAAUCGGAGGGUCAGAAAUUAGUUUACACAGGCUUGGCAUUCAUAUGAGAGCUGUUGUCUCUAUAGAGCACUGUGAGAGAAACCGUAGGAUUCUGAAGCGGUGGUGGAAUAGUUCUGGACAAAGAGGUGAGUUGGUGCAGAUUGAUAACAUUCGGAAGUUAUCAAGUGACAAAAUUGAAAUGCUAAUGAAGAACUUUGGUGGUUUUGACUUCAUCAUAUGUCAAAACCCAUGCAACUUAUCUACAAAAUCUCCCGGCGAUUCAGAGUCCCCCAACUUGAGUCGAGAUGCUGGAAGUCUUGAAGGUUUCGACUUCACAUAUUUCUGUGAGUUUGUGCGAGUAUUGCAGCGUGUCAUGGAUAUCAGUAGAAAGUGAAACUCUGCUGUACUGCACAUAUUGUUCAGUUCUGCACAUGUUUUGCACAGUUGAUUCUGUCAUUCUCAUGUUCUACACAGUUGGAUUUUGUCAUCACCAUGUUCUUUACAGUUGAACUUGUUAAUGACCUGGAGUCUGUAGGUUUAAAGAUUUGAUGACCAUCUUAGUGGCUGCUGUGAUUAUUGCAUUUUAGUCCAAAAAGUUUCUUCAGUAAUUUUUUUAUUGAACCACCUAAAUUUCUCGUUCAUCACCACCAAUCUUUUUUAGAUCUUCGUGAUAAAUUGUUUCAGAUGUAUGUAAUCACUUGUAUCUUCUUUGUAGGUAGCUCGUAGCUCCCUUUCUUUAAUCAGUAGGUGAUUUGAAGUCUUUGAGUGCAGUUAAUUUUUAGAUGCAUGUUUCG